UUACUCAGUCAAUCACUCGCCUCCCUUUCAUUCACUCUUUCAUUUGAGCGCACGCCUGACGGGCGAUGCGUGUUGUACUGUGAUGGCUCUUUAUAACACUUUUGUAAAUUCAACAUUUUUAUGAUAUUUGUGUGCUUAGUAUCCUUCUUAGUGUAAUUAAUUUUAAUUUGUAUAUUUGCGUUUACUCAAAAAUGGCGAAUCAAUCCCAGAAAAUCGUUUACAAACUGGUCCUCACCGGAGGACCGUGUGGCGGCAAAACCACCGGACAGUCCCGCCUCAGCACGUUCUUUGAGAAUUUAGGAUGGAAGGUGUUCCGGGUGCCGGAAACGGCUAACGUGCUCCUCAGUGGUGGUAUCAAGUUUGCAGAUCUCUCCGCUGAUGAAGCGUUAAAAUUCCAGGAGAACCUUCUAAGGACUAUGAUACAGAUUGAGAACACUUUCUUCGAGCUGGGCAGGACUUGCCAGAGGGAUUGCCUGAUUAUAUGCGAUAGGGGAGCGAUGGAUGCCAGUGCAUUUAUAUCCAGAGAGAAAUGGGAGGCGAUGCUGUCUACUAACAACUGGAAUUGUGUGGAACUACGUGACAACCGGUAUAAUCACAUCGUGCACAUGCUUUCUGCUGCCAACGGUGCUGAAGACUUUUACUCCACAGAGGAUCACGCUUGCCGAUCUGAGGGGGUAGAGUUGGCCAGGGAGCUGGAUUACAAUGCGGCGGCUGCGUGGAUCGGUCACCCGUACUUUGACGUCAUCGACAACUCGACAGACUUCGACCUGAAGAUGAACCGGUUGAUCGACUGCGUGUGCCAGAGGAUCGGCAUCGAUACCGGUGACCGCCUCAACGUCAACUCCAAGAAGCGCAAGUUCCUCGUCAAGUCACCGAUCGCGCCCGACUCGGAGUUCCCGUCCUUCCAGGACUUCGAUGUCGUUCACAACUACUUGCAGAGCGACGUUCGCAAGGCGCAAGUCAGGCUCCGCAAGCGCGGGCAGAAGGGGCACUGGUCGUACAUCCACACGCUGCGCAAGGUGCACCCCAUCAACGGCCAGUCCGUGGAGGUGCGGACGCAGCUCACGCACCGCGACUACCUCAACCUGCUGCCGCAGCGGGACGAGGCUCACUUCACCAUCUUCAAGAAGCGUCGCUGCUUCAUAUACAACAAUCAGUACUAUCAGUUGGACAUUUAUAGACAACCCUCACAUCCCAGGUGCCGAGGUUUGGUUCUGCUGGAGACUUACAGCGCCGUGUAUGACAAAGACACACUGCUGGCUUCCCUGCCCAAGUUCCUGGAGAUUGAACGUGAAGUGACGGGCGACCCUGCCUACUCCAUGUACAACUUAUCCCUCAAGGAAGAUUGGAAGAAUUCAAAAAAGUACUACACGGGUGGUGAGGCUUCCGGCGCCAACGGGCCCACUAAAAGUUUGACCAACGGCCACAGUGAUGAAAAACACAAUGGCCAAAAUGGAGUCGCCAAAAUGAAUGGGCACGCAGGUGAGAAACUGAAUGGUCACGCAGUAGGGAAGAUGAACGGUCACGCCGCCGACAAAGUGAACGGGUUCGACAAGCGCGGACACAAGGCGGCGCUCGGCAAGCUCGGCAACGGCGCCGCGCACGACGCAGAGCUCGACGAAUUCAAGAAAACACACAGAAUGGAUCUCGGAUCACCAAAGAUUACAAAGGUCGCAGUAAAGAUUUAAAAACAUUAACUUAUCUACUUUAGAUUUUGAAAUUUUAUGAAAUUCCACUUUGUAACACUUCAAUAUACACCAAAUUAUGAAAUACCAAUAAUUUUAAGAUCUACUUAAAUGUAAUAAUAACUAUUUAACUAUCGCCAACCAUCGUUAAAUGGAUCAUGUACGCUCGUAUAAAUAUUGUAUUUAUUCAUACUUAUUGUAUAAAUUGCCAAAUGAUAACUAUUUUUGUAGUAUUCCUUAAAUAUUACAAUAUUUUACAUAGGUAACGCAUCAAGAAAACCACAGCAUAUUAUUAUAUAUUGAACAUUCUGAAUGAAUUCAGAUAAAAUGUAAUGUUUUGUAUUGUUUGUGCCUUUACACAGUAUGAUAUAUUUAAAUACUUUUUCAUAAAAUAAUAAAUGUAAUAACAAAUAUUGUCAUCCACAUCAAUAGUAUGUACUUAAAGUGUUGCAAUAAUUUCAAUUUAAGUAUUGUUGCAGUAUGUUAAACACUAUGAUUAGUGUUGUAGGUAUUAAUGUACCUAACGCGAUAGCAUUUUAUUUAUAGACUUAAUUUAAUUAUGUAACGACGACGUUAAUAAAUUUCAUAAUUAGGAUGUUGCAGUAAAUCGUUUUAGUUUGUAGAGAAUCGUGAAAUUUUAAAUGUCUCGAUGUUGUGUGGUCACGUAGUCACACUUUUUCUUUACUGGGGUCCGGAUUGUAAACGAUAUAAUUCAACAUCAGUCGUAAUAUUCAUUAGAACGGUCCCCUAAGCUUUUAGCGUUGGAUUUGUCUUAUAAUAUGAAAUAUAUUUUUAUCAAAUAAUGAAAUAUAUUUAUGUGACAUAGGAAUAAUUAAUUCGAUUUAGAAAUUGAUGUUGUUGCAUGUCACUAUUUUUCGUUUGUCGGAGGAGACUAGUACUUAUCGCAAAAUCAUAAAAAUAAUUUUACAAAAGUAUUUUAAGCCACCUUUUUAAUAUAAUUUCAAUGUGUUGAAUAUAACAUCUACUGUAUAGCGGAUUGCUAAAUAGCUAUAAAGCUAUUCGACCGUUUGGCAAAGAUCCACGGUAGCAUUGUUAAUGGCUGUGCUAUUAUAAUUGAGCAAUUGAGGGCUCCAAUCUACGGAGCAACUGUUGGCGCCGAACCUGCCAACAGAAAUAUAUCUUACGAGCCGCUUGCACCAAAAGGAUAAAUAAAAAGUUAGCUUUAUUGCAAUUAUUAUAAUAAUAUUGUAAGACGGCGUCUUGUAGACUUGGCUUCCAAUAUUGUAUUGAAUGAAUCCUUACAUUUUAAAAUGUAAUUUGUUUUGGUGCAUUGCGCUAAUGCUUUGAGCGUAAAAAUCUCGAAAUUGCUUAUUAUGUAAAACCUCCUCGCAUCAUUUCUUAAUAAAGAAAAUGCGUCAUUGGA